AUGUCAAAGCGCACGGCAUCUGAUGGUGAUAAAGCGCUGCCAAAGCAUCAUUGCACAAUUCAAGCAUACCUCGGUGAUCGCUACUCUGAAGAUGACUGGGUGGAACCCAGAUGUCUGUUGUUCUCCGGCAAUGCAGACAAUGCCAAAUCCUUGGAGAACCUUAAGGUUCUCAGGAAGAUGUACAUACCGGAUCCACCAGAAAAGUCUUCCAUGGGCAUGCCUGCAUUGAGGUCAGCCAGCCACUUGCCAAAGUCACAGAUUCAUAAAUCACAAAGAUUAUCGAAAGCUGCAUACAAGUUUAUCCUUCAUGAGGCUAAGGAGGAUGAUGAGAAUGAUGAGGAAGAGGAAGAGGUUGGUGAAGUUGGUCCGUCUGCGCGGUCGCCAAAGGCUAUGCAUUUGCCAGGACCAUCGGCCAAACAGAGGUUGGCCACAACUUUCGAUGAUAUGGCAACUUGGUUUGAACAGAAUCCGCAAAACUCGUCGUCUCAAGGUCACCAGGAUCCCACCAUUGAAAACGGGAUGUAUCUGCUCAAUGUUCAAAGAACUACUACUGAAUGCAUUGCCAUGCACCUUCAGAAGAAAGAAUUUCCAGUUAUCAUGUCAGCUUGGGUGGCAAGUCAGCUGUAUGUGGUGGCGGACAGCCCCAAAACGAUCACUGAGUCACUGCCCACAUCUCUCUAUCUUGCCAUGAAAGAUUAUAUCUGUAUCAUGCAAGAAGAACGUGAGGCUGUUGAACGUCCACAGUUUGAAUUUCCCAUCCCAGCAUGGGUGAGGAUUAAAAAGGAUAAGUACAGGGGCAACCUUGCGCAGGUUUUCGAGAAUCUCCCAAAUGGUGCUGUCAUGGUCUUGAUUGGCCCACAAGACUUCCCCUAUCCUAUGCCUCAAGGAUUCCAGAUGGAACAAACCCUUCCUGAAGAAAACUCUGGUUGCGUUCUUGAAACAAUUCUUGCGGGCAGGGUGAUUGCGCAAGGGUCGUCGAAGGCUCUCUUCAUGGAGAGCUCAUGUUACCAACGAGCAGGCCGAAGUGUCAAAAUACUACUUAUAUCUGCGUCCAUUGAAUCACACGCUGAAAUCACACCUGCUGAUGCAGCAAUAUUUCGAGCCCCCCCCAAGUCCGACUCUAUUCAAAUAGGGGAUUAUAUAGAAGUCCUGGAGGGAGAACAUAUGGGGAGACAUGGCAUUGUGAAUUGGUUUGCUAAGGGAGACACUAGUCUCUGGUUCCGGGAUAUUCUCACUGCAGACAGUACAGAGCUUGAUGGCACAUUGGGGAACCUCAGAAAGACGCUCCAAUUCAUGGAGGAUAAGGGUUAUGAUAUCAGGCCAGGAGACGUCGUUACUGUCACCUGUGGACUGGAGUAUGGCACGAAAGGGGUCGUGCAAAGCAUAGACUUUCCAAACACUUGCUUGACCCUGCUAUGUGACAGGGACUAUUCAAUAAUCACUGUUCCGAUUAUGUUUGUCAUCAAAGUAUGCAAUGCUAACUUGGAUUCCUGCAAAAAGGAUAUUGGGCAAGAGGUUUUCAUCAUUGGGGGUAACCGAAAGGGCUUCAGAGCGGUGCUGUAUGGUCUUGGCCCGGAGACUUGCACUGUUGCUGUGCACAGUGAACAGGACACAUUUUCACAUCAACUGUCCCAUUCCCUCGUCAUCCAGCGGAUGGUCCACAUGGUCUGGAAGCUUGGGGGUCUUGAUGUGAUGCAAGACCCUUCAUUGAGUGUCAAUCCCAUCUCAUCGACACACCAGGCGUGGACUAUCGAUCAGUUCGACAUCCAAGACAACAAUGAUGCUAGAGCAGAGAAAAUCAAAGACAGUGGUGCUGCAAUCAAGCACUACCAUAUCCCCACCAUUUACCUGAGUCCUGCACCUCCACGGAAGAAAAAUCAAGACUCAUGUACACUGCCAGUUGCCACUUUGGGCUGUAGUAGCAAAAUUGAGGAAAAUGAAAACAUCUCCCAAGGUAGAUGGAGGGCAUUAGCAUGCUAUUGCCAAUUUCACAUUCCAACAUUUCUCGCUUUGGUGACCCAAACUUCGCAGUGCUGGUCUUCCUGUGAUGUUGAAUGGACUAUUGGCGAGGGUGAGAGCUGGGCUGUGAUGUCAGGCUCAAAGCAAAAGAUCAGAUUGCACUGUGACACUCGGACCCGUGCGCUGGGCGGGAACUGA